GUUGGUUAGUACAUUAUCAUAUCAAAUGAGAGGUUAUUGAUUUGAGUCUUGAAACACAUAUUUUUAUUUGUUUUGAGUUUUAGAUAUAUAUAUAUAUAUAGAUUCCAUAAGGAAGGAGUCUCAUAAUUCUGAUGUCCUCAAUUCCGUGCAAGGCUGCAAUGAAUCAAUGGAGAACAGAAGCUCCUUUCCUUCUAUUCCUUGCUUGCAUCAGUAAUUCUCCCACUAUAUUCCUCAGAAUUCUCAAACAUCCCAAGGGACCAUCCCAAUUAUAAUAUCAAAAAAGUGAACAACAAUGACUAGAACGAUCAUCUCUCGAAGGGAAAGCAAAGCACCUAAAACUGUCAAUAUGAAACUAGAAUCUUUCACUCCCUUUCCUUCAUCCAAUACCCAUUACUUCCUUCAUCCCAUUUUCUCACCUUCUCUCCAAAUAUGGGAAACUGUUUUUCUCUUGAUUAUUGGUGCCCAAAAAACUAUGAAAUUGCAAUAUCAACCUCCUCAGACACUUCCCCUAGAAACAGGUAUUAUAGACCACCUCCACUUCCUCCUCCACCACCACCACCACCACCACCAGUUCCUUCAAGAAAAUCUUCUUAUUUUUCGUCGUUGUCGCAACCCGGUAUAGGUCCUAUAUUAAACAAACCAUAUGUUGACAUCACUUCAAUGUACCAUUUAGACAAAGAGCUAGGAAGAGGGCAGUUUGGUAUUACUUACUUAUGUACAGAAAUAUCAACAGGGGUGAAAUAUGCUUGCAAGUCAAUAUCUAGGCUUAAACUUAAGCAUAGAAAAGAUAUUGAGGAUGUGAGGAGGGAGAUUUUGAUAAUGAAACAUUUAAGUGGACAACCCAGUAUUGUAGAAUUCAGAGGGGCUUAUGAAGAUAUAAAUCAUUUGUAUGUAGUAAUGGAGCUUUGCUCAGGUGGGGAGUUGUUUGAUAGGAUUGUGGGUAAAGGUGGUUUCUCUGAAAAGGAAGCUGCUGUUAUUUUUAGACAGGUUGUUAAUGUUGUUCAUGUUUGUCAUUUUAUGGGAGUCAUGCAUAGGGAUUUGAAGCCUGAGAAUUUCUUGUUGGUCAACAAGGAUGCAGAUUCUCCUUUGAAGAUCACUGAUUUUGGCCUCUCUGUCUUCAUUGAAGAAGGGAAAGUUUACAAGGAACUUGUUGGAAGUGCGUAUUAUGUAGCACCAGAAGUUUUGCAGCGUCGCUAUGGAAAAGAGAUCGAUGUGUGGAGUGCUGGAGUCAUUUUAUACAUUCUUUUAAGCGGAGUUCCUCCCUUUUGGGCUGAGACUGAAGCUGGGAUAUUUAAUGAGAUCCAGAAGGGGAAGCUAGACUUGGAAACCCCUCCGUGGCCUUCGAUAUCUGCUGGUGCCAAAGACUUGAUUGGUAAAAUGUUGGCAAGAGACCCGAAUGCACGCAUAAGUGCUACACAGGCACUUGAACAUCCAUGGCUCAGAGAAGACGGUGAUGUUUCUGAGAAACCUAUGGACAGUGCUGUUCUUAUUAGGAUGAAGCAGUUCCGAGCAAUGAACAAACUCAAGAAGCUUGCUCUCAUGGUAAUGGCAGAAAAUCUGUCAGAUGAAGAAAUCAAAGGUUUAAAAGAAAUGUUCAACAACAUUGAUACUGAUAGAAGUGGUACAAUCACCCUAGAAGAACUCAAAGAAGGCCUGGCAAGGCUGGGCUCGAAGCUCACAGAGUCAGAAAUAAAGCAGCUAAUGGAUGCUGCUGAUGUUGAUAAAAAUGGAACUAUCGAUUACAAGGAAUUCAUUACGGCUACUAUGCAUCGGCAUAGACUGGAUAAGGAAGAGAACAUGUACAAGACUUUUCUGUACUUCGACAAGGAUGGCAGCGGGUACAUAACAAGAGAAGAGCUAAGACAAGCCAUGACAAAAGUUGGAAUGGGAGACGAGUCAACUAUCGACGAAAUUUUGAAUGAUGUUGACACAAACAAAGAUGGAAGAAUUAACUAUGAGGAGUUUGUAGCAAUGAUGAAGAAGGGCACAGCAGAUUCUGAUGGAAAGCAAAAUGAACUGAUUGUGUACAAGUGAGGGGGUGAGGGAAGACUAUAAUAACAAUCAAUUGUGUAUAUUAUUGUUCUUAUUAUCUUCUCAGUACUCUGUAAUGCGUGUUGUUGUUCAUUGAGGCUAGCUAAGAAGCUCCAUAUUGAAUAAAUGGUGGGCAAAAAUUUCACUCA